CCUCUCACCCAGUUUCACAAAAUCUAACUCCCCUUCCUCUUCUCCGUUAUAUAUCUGCACAAGCUUCCCCUUCGGAAGAAUCUUCUUGCUUUUUUGGAGUUCUCAGGAGAGAAGCUGCAGAAGGAAAAUGGCUGCUGCAACUGCAUCUCCCAUGGCCAGUCACCUCAAGAGCAGCUUCGCAUCAUCAUCAGCCUCAUCCAGGAGCCUGAUUGCUCCCAAGGGCCUCUCCGGCUCCUCCUUCAGAGCCUUGCCCGCCAAGAGGACUCCCUCCUUCACUGUCAAGGCUGUCCAGUCAGAGAAGCCGACCUUUCAAGUGAUUCAACCCCUCAAUGGUGAUCCUUUCAUCGGGAGCCUCGAGACUCCGGUCACGUCCAGCCCGCUCAUCGCAUGGUACCUCUCCAACCUCCCUGCCUAUAGGACCGCCGUGAGCCCGCUCCUCCGGGGUGUUGAGGUGGGCCUCGCCCACGGAUUUCUCCUGGUGGGGCCAUUCGUCAAGACCGGCCCGUUGAGGAACACGGAGUACGCGGGAGCAGCAGGAUCGUUGGCUGCCGGAGGCCUGGUUGUGAUCCUGAGCAUCUGCUUGACGAUGUAUGGGAUCGCCUCGUUCAAUGAAGGAGAGCCCUCGACAGCACCGUCCCUAACCUUGACCGGGAGGAAGAAGGAGCCUGAUCAGUUGCAGACUGCGGACGGGUGGGCCAAGUUCAGCGGCGGGUUCUUCUUCGGCGGGAUCUCCGGGGUCAUCUGGGCCUACGUCCUCCUCUAUGUGGUCAACCUUCCUUACUUUGUGAAGUAAAUUCGAUUCAUACAGAAGAGAGAGAGCGAGAGAGAGAGAGAGAUGAAACUCAAGAGUGAUGUCUGUAUAUUUGAACCGUUUGGGAAGGAAUGGGAUUGAGGAAAUUUCAUGUCAUUUGGCUCUGUAUAAGCCAGAAUUUCCCUGGACUUUGUCAAAGAAAUGUGCAUUCGCAGAGGGUUCUGAUUGCGCUCA